AUGGGCGAAUAUGUUACCGAACAACCCAGCGGCCUUCAACCCGUAGUGACGAACAAGACCGGCAAGAGCGAGCGAUACGAACUUGUGACCUUUACGCCAGGAGAUCGAGCGAACCCCAAGAACUGGAGUAAAGCAUACAAAUGGUAUUGCACAUUGAUCGUCGCCUUGACUUGCUUCGCCGUGGCAUUCGACAGCGCGGUCGUUACAGCUGGUAUCGAGGGACCGAUGAGAGAGUUUGGUGUUAGUGAAGAGGUGUCGUUGUUGACCGUGACGCUGUUCGUCGUGGGCUUUGGUGUUGGGCCUAUGGCAUUCGCACCAUUGAGCGAGAUCGUUGGAAGGCGGAAGAUCUACGCCAGCACGCUGUUGAUUGCAGUGGUCUUUAUCAUUCCUUGUGCUGUGGCCAAGAACAUCGGCACCCUCCUCGUCUGCCGUGCCAUCGACGGUAUCGCCUUCUCAGCUCCCAUGACCCUCGUCGGCGGCACCCUUGCCGAUCUCUGGAAGAACGAAGAGCGAGGAGUCCCCAUGGCAUUCUUCAGCGCAGCGCCGUUCAUCGGUCCAGCAAUUGGGCCACUCAUCGGUGGAUUUACAUUCGACAACCUCAACUGGCGCUGGCUCUACUGGUUGCAACUCAUCCUUUCGGGAUUCUGCUGGUUCCUGAUCACCUUCACCGUUCCGGAGACCUACGCGCCAACGAUCCUGGCGAGUCGUGCGAAGAAGAUGCGCAAGGAGCAGAACGAGGACAAGUUCGUCACCGAACAGGAUCUUGAUAUGCGACCUUUGAGCGAGCGAUUGAGGGUCUUCCUCAUCAGGCCCUUCCAGCUUUUGUUCAUGGAGCCUAUCGUCUUCUUCAUCUCCCUCUACAUGUCGGUCCUCUACGGCCUUCUCUACAUGUUCUUCGUCGCCUACCCGAUCAUCUAUCAAAAAGGCAAAGGCUACUCCGCUUCCAUCACAGGACUGAUGUUCAUUCCGAUCGCUGUGGGAGUCAUGAUGUCGGCAGCCUGUUCUCCCUGGGUCAACAAGCACUACCUCACGCUCGUCGAGAAGCACAACGGCAAGCCCCCGGCCGAAGCCCGCCUGAUCCCCAUGAUGUUCUCCUGCUGGCUCAUCCCCACCGGCCUCUUCAUCUUCGCCUGGACAUCGUACCCCAGCCUCCCAUGGUUUGGCCCAUCCAUCUUCGGCGGAUGGUUUGUAGGAUUCGGGUUCAUCUUCCUCUACAACUCCGCCAACAACUACCUCGUCGACUCCUACCAACACCAAGCAGCCAGCGCCCUCGCCGCCAAAACCUUCAUCCGCUCCCUCUGGGGUGCCGGAGUCGUGCUCUUCACGAACCAGAUGUACAACCGUCUCGGCUACCAAUGGGCCAGCACGCUGUUGGCGUUUAUUGGGUUGGCGUGCUGUGCGAUCCCGUACGUGUUUUACUUCAAGGGGGCGGCGAUUCGCAAGUAUUCGCAUUUUGCGUAUGCGGGUGAUGAGGAGGAUAAUAGGAAGGGACCGCAGUAG